UUUUUUGUUUGUUCAUUAACCGAAUCGAAUCAACGUUAAGCUGAAAAUCAUCUCCCUCUCUACGUCGUUUUCUCUCCCUAGAGUCCUGCCAUUUUCAGCUUUAUUUGGUUUAAUGUUAUGAAGAAUUUUGAUAUGAUUGGGGGGUUCUAAAUGGAGCAGCGUGUGGGGAAUAGGUUUCGGUUGGGGCGAAAAAUUGGGAAUGGCUCAUUCGGAGAGAUUUACUUAGGCAUGUUGUUUGAUUUGAUUGUUUAUAUUCGACACCUUUUUGGAUUAAUUGGUUGUCUUUUGUUGUUUGCAGGCACUAAUAUCCAGACGAAUGAGGAUGUUGCUAUCAAGCUUGAAAAUGCGAGGACACGACAUCCCCAACUGCUUUAUGAGUCAAAGUUGUACAGAUUACUCCAAGGAGGAAACGGAAUCCCAAACACUAAAUGGUUUGGGGUUGAAGGAGAGUAUAAUGUUCUCGUGAUGGACUUAUUGGGGGCGAGCCUUGAGGACAUGUUCACCUUUUGUAGUAGGAAGUUGUCGUUGAAGACUGUUCUCAUGCUUGCAGAUCAGAUGCUUAAUCGCCUCGAGUUUGUUCACUCUAAGUCAUUUCUGCAUCGAGAUCUUAAGCCUGACAACUUUCUCAUGGGCAUGGGAAGGCGUGCGAAUCAGGUUUAUGUCAUUGACUUUGGGCUCGCCAAGAAAUAUAGAGAUUCUAAUCAUCAGCAUAUCCCAUAUAGAGAAAAUAAGAAUUUGACAGGAACAGCCAGAUUCGCAAGCAUAAAUACACAUCUUGGCAUCGAACAAGGCCGGAGGGAUGACCUAGAAUCACUCGGAUAUGUUCUUAUGUACUUCUUACGAGGAAGAAAAAAAAAAUGUAGCCUUCCCUGGCAGGGACUGCAAGCCGGAAACAAGAAACAAAAGUACGACAGAAUUAGCGAGAAAAAGGUUCAAACACCAAUAGAGUCUUUAUGCCGUGGAUAUCCAACAGAAUUUGCUUCUUACUUCCAUUAUUGCCGUUCACUUAGAUUUGAGGACAAACCAGAUUAUGGUUAUUUGAAAAGAAUUUUCCGUGACCUUUUUAUUCGUGAAGGUUUUCAAUUUGAUUACGUAUUUGAUUGGACUAUUUUGAAGUAUCAGCAGUCACAGCUCGCUAAUCCUCCAUCUCGUUCUCUAGGUGCUGGAACGAGUUCAAUGCUGCCAAAUGCUAAUAACGACAGAGACUCAGGUUUGGAUGAAGGUAGGCCACCUGUGCGUGGAAGAAACGCUUUAAAUUCGUCUAAAAUGAAAGAUCCAGGUGCAAGUGAUACUGCUGCACCAAAGGAGAUAUCCACUUCAAACGACCAGAAAGCCGGAACAUCCAAGCAGCCUGCAAUUUCUAGUAAUCGGGAUCCAAAGAUCCCCAGGAAUGGUGAUGAUCCUGUCAAUGGAGAUCACGGUGCUGCACAAAAAAGUCGCCCCACAACGUCACCCCAUAAUGACUAGAUUAUGCAGUAUUAUCAGGACUUGUAGCUACAGAUUUCCCCUUAUUCCCUCUGUACAUAUACGCCGGCCCCUACCCCUAUUUAACACUCGGGGAAUCUGUUGUUUCUCCCUCGAGGGAAGCUGCUGAAGGAAAUCCUAACCAGUGAAUGGUGCAUGCGGAUAACGAGAUAUCAGUUAGCUUCCGAGGUGAGGUGAGGUGAAGUGAGAGAUCAGUAAACUUGACACGAUGAAACCACUUUAUCACUAGGCCAACUCGAAGCCUUUUAGUUUUAGGCCGAGAUUGGGUGUAAUACCACCUCAGGUAACACGCAUUCAUUUAUGCUUCUUACGUACCUAAUGUUGUAAAUACCCAUUCUUUUGAUUUGUCGUUUCCAUGGCAUGUAGUUUUGACAUUU